UGGGGUUUUGAGAGAAAGAAGAGAGAGAGAGAGAGUUUCUUCUUCCCAUCAAAAUUAAUCCGUAGAAACUUUUUUUGAUAAUACAAAUAAAAAUAUCAGAGAAGAACCUUUACAGAUUAUAUACAGAAAGAGAAGGGUUUUGAUUGGAUCGCCCUUGGAAUCGACCCUAGACUAGUAAGCUGAGCCCUUGAAGUGUGCAGCAGAGAAAUGACUCAGUGUAUCUGUUGAUGAGCGAGUCAGUACUUCCCCAAUUGGGUUUCUUCUUGUUGGCACCUGCCACGAAGCUGAUAUAUUGAUUAAUUAAGCUAAUAAAGAGAUGCCUCAUUAGAGUCUUAUAUCCAAAACCUUGUUAACGGCUGUUACGGAAGCUUGUCAAAGUGGUUCUGAUCUCGAUUUCUGGUGGCAAGCUAUAAAUCUUGGAAGAUUACAACUCUUGAUCAACCCAAAGUGACCCGUAUCAGGGCUCCCGAAGUAUAAUUUUGCUAAGUUGUGAGACAUAAUGUACAUGUGGACUUGGAAUUGAUUUCUUGGAGGUGAUUUUUGCGGGAGACAGAAAGUUAAAGUUCGAGCUGGAAUGGUGUACUGGAUCAUAGAUUCUGAUCUGGUCAAGUGCUGGCAUAAAGGAGCUAAAAAAUUAGUUUGGACUGUGGUGAAAGUAUACCACUUUACAGUUCGCACGGACAAGUGCCAUGUCUCGCUGCUUCCCAUUUCCUCCUCCAGGAUAUGAGAAGAAGAUUACAACUGACGAAACAGACCCUCUUAUAAAGGAGAAGUACAAGGAAAAGAAACACAAGAAGGAUAAGGACAAAGAAAAGAAAGAGGGUAAAGAGAAAAAAAGUAAAGAUAGAAGCAAAGACAAACAUAAGGAAAGAAAGGAGAAAAAAGAGAAACAUAAAGAUCGGAAAGACAAGGAAAAGGAUAAAGAAAAAAGCAAACCUUUGGAAGAGAAUCAAGAUGAAGUGCUGAAAAAAGCGGGGCACAUAAAGACAUUUGUAACAAACACCGUGCAGAAUAAUAGUAACGGAGAGUCGAAGUAUGUACAGGACUUGGCAAGAAGGAUCAGAUAUGAAGAGGAAGCAACAGGAAGUCAGAGUGCACAAAAGAUUACUAACCAAAAAGGAGUAACAGGAAAAGCAUUUGAGAACAGCAGUUUCUGCCCUAUUCAAGGAACUAACCAUAAGGAAAAUGACGAUAAGAGAAUCAGUACCCAGAAGAACUUUGGUGCAGAUCAGAAAAGAGGUGAGGCUAUGGAUAAACCAGUGGAGAAAAGAGACCAGGCAAGGAAAACGGAUUCACCUGAGAAGAGCCACUGCAAGGAGAAUGCGACCAAGAGUGAUAAACCAAGGGAUAAAGAAGGGGUGAAGAAAAAUGAAGCAAAUGAUAAAGACAGAUACAAAGGGAAGAAAGAGGAAAAAACGGAGUCGAUUAAGAAAACUCAUCAGGAAAAACCGAAACUAGAGGAGACGGGGAAUGACGCUCUGGAGGAUAUAAGGAAUCGCAAACCGCCUGACCUUUUGCGGGCGAGCGUCAAGAACUUUAUUGCUGAGGGAAAUCUUGGCAAACGGAAGGAUCUUGAGACCAAUGGAUUCUUGUAUGAGAAUGGAACCACACCAAACAAGUUACAGAGGCACUCAGCAUCUGUAGCAUCUGUGAAAAAUGGAAGAACGUUAAGUGCACGACGAACUACUCCAAUACCUGCUUCUGAGGUGCAAGAAACGACUUGCAAGCCAGAAGCCAAGGAAGUUAAUAUCAACGGUUUUGUUGUCUCUGGAGAAAGACAAAAAGUCUGUCCACCGAAUCCUUUGGCUGCAACAAUGAAAGUGAAAGUCAAAGAAAAUAAUGAAGCAUCUGCAAAGCCGCCUCAUCCGGACCUUAAGUAUCUGAAUCAUAUACUCAAUGUACCGAAAAGGGAGCUGAUUCCGGAGGGUGAAGAUGACCAAGAAUGGCUGUAUGGAGGUCCGUUGGGUGUCAAGUUAAAAAAGUCAAGAACAACUUCUCCUGAUUCUGGUGAAUCCUUGCAUGUCUGGAACCAAGCUUUCAGAAUAGAAUCUGCCGAUAUUUCAGCUCUUCCAUAUGUUGUUCCAUUUUAGCUGUGACUAUAUAUUUUCUUAUGUUCCUACGACACAACCCAUGAGGAGAAAAAGAGAACCAAUUGUGACUGUACAUAGGCACAAACUGGUUUAUCACACUAUUUGUUUUUCUUA